UUAUGGAACGCUAGCCGGAGCGGUCGCUGCGUAUUUUUAAAUUUCGAAUUUUCGCGGCACGAUCGUAUUGUGACAGUUUGGAAAUUUGAAAGUUUUCUCGAUACAUCCCUUUCAGUAGUAUCGAUUCGCUAAAAGGUAUUCUUUGUGGAUUUACAUCAAUGUGUGACUUGUGAAAUUAGGUUUUGAACUGAAAUCAUUUGCAUUUAGUGAAUUAUAUCCGCAGUCAGCGGGUUAAAUUGGUGAAUAACCGUCAACGAAAAAAGUAACCUACAUCCUUGGCGGCGAAAACGCCACUACGAAGUGAAAGUUAACUUUUUUCGACAGUUUUUGUGCUUGGGACUUUACAGAAGAUAUUUAAAACAAACAUUCGGAGGAUUUUGAAGUCGUUAUAGUAAUUGAAAAAGUUGUGGGUUUAUGGGAAAUAGCAGUUGGGUGACCCGAAAACUGUGUUAGGAGUAAACGAUUAAAAGGAAGAUUUAUCUCGUCGGGAGUCCGAACAUAGAAUGAUUAAUAUCGUGUAUGUGAGAAUGCGUUUUUGGGCGCGUUAAGGUUUCUUUUGAAUUUCGGGUGUUUUUCGGGCUUAUGAGGGAAAGAAGGUCUUUGCCGAUCAGCAGCGAAGUGGCGUUGAAGAGUGAUAAAGAUGGAACUGGGAAGUUGGUGGUGAACUCUGUUAUAUGUGGUGUAGUAGAUGAACUGUCUAACGGUAGGACCGGGAGACGAGGGUCGUGGGUUCGGCACGCAGUCAUGGGAGUGCUCAGGUGGAAAGAUCUGACGGGGGUGAGGACUAGUACACCUACGGAACAAAAAGAGGUGCCAAGACCAGAAGCAAGGGCUCACCUGCCAGUGGGUCGGCUGACGGAGAGACACUCGUACUCAGAAGGUCGGGUGCCUGCUCCUCAUGUCCCGCCACCAUCCCCUGGAGCGACGGCGGCCCAACACCGAGUGGCUGCUGCGUGCCAAGCCAGUCGGAGACUGCUGGAGGAGACCUUAGCCAAACCAGGAACCCCACCGUCAAUAGUGCAACCCCCAAGCGGGGGGUACUGGGUGGAUGGUAUCGAAGACGCCCAGGAUGGGGAAGAUGAACCUAGAGCCCAACCUGGAACCCCCAGGCAGGCGGGACGGCGGCACAACAUCGACACUGAUGACACAGCCAAGUACUACAGGCGAUUAUUCCUCGGCAAGGAACACAUCAACCUGGUCGGCACAGACGAGGCCCUGGGUCCAGUGGUCAUGUCCCUGAAGAAUGAACACGUGGCAGGCCAGGACCACACGAGGAUAUUGCUGCGGCUCAAGACUGAGACUAUGCACGGACUCAUACCCACCACAAGAUCUAGCAUGAUUCCAUCGAAGAUGGCGAAAAUGCUGAACGACCAAGUGAACGUAGACAACUUUACUGCAGUAAUGAGUUUGAACGCGUCGCAGCAGAUCGCAGCAUACGACGAACAUGUCCUGGUGAACAAUUUCAAGUUCGGAGUGUUGUACCAGAAGUAUGGACAGACUACAGAGGAGGAGCUCUUCGGAAAUAAUGAGACUUCGCCCGCAUUCGACGAGUUUUUAGAGAUGCUCGGACAGAGGAUUAAGUUAAAGGAUCACAAAGGUUAUCGAGGAGGCCUGGACAUAAUGAACGGUCACACAGGCUCGGAGGCUGUGUACGAGCAGCACUACAACCGAGAGAUCAUGUUCCACGUUGCCCCCCUUCUACCCCACACCGCUGGUGACGCCCAGCAGCUUCAGAGGAAGCGACACGUUGGGAACGACAUCGUUGCUAUUGUUUUCCAAGAAAAGCCGACCCCCUUCACCCCGGACAUGAUAGCUUCCCACUUCCUCCACGCUUUCAUCGUUGUCACACCAGUCGAGGCGGCCGGCGGGGAGACCAGGUACAAAGUGGCCGUCACCGCUCGAGUGGACGUACCAUUCUUCGGACCGACUCUCCCUCAACCGCCUAUUUUCCGAAAAGGGCGCGAAUUUAAAGAAUUCCUACUUACCAAAUUGAUCAACGCCGAAAACGCAUGUUACAAAGCUGAAAAAUUCGCUCAGUUGGAGCUCAGGACGCGGGCAUCAUUAUUGCAAAACUUGACAGAAGAUUUGAAGAAUAAGACGUGCGAAUUCCUUGGUACUGGGGUUAGGAUAGAGACAGGCGCAGUUUCACCUCAACCGGAACUGACACCGAAACAGGACGGGCCGGGCGCGAGGUUCAUCGAUACGGUCAAGAAAGCGCUCAUAUCAAAAGUCAGUUCUAGAUCUCCGAGUGUGGAUACGAAUCUCUCAGGCGACAGCAACAAGAUAUCAUUCAACAAGAAUAAAAUGCCGCCUCAUGAAACACAUACUCCUAAUAGCGGUCGUUCGAAGUCGUCGAUAGCGUCGUCGUCAGCGAGCGCGGUGUCGGUGCGGUCGGCGGGCGGCUCGGGCGAGUCGUCCCCCGACGUGACCUCGCGCGCCGCGCCGCCGCGUCCGCCGCUCGACCACAGCGACGACUCCAGCCUCAACUCUGUUGACUUGGACCCGCUCGACGACAAGGACUGGCUGAGUUGUGGCAAAAGUGCAACAGGUGCGGUGUACGUAGACAGCGACACGGGGCUAGAGUCGAUGUCGUCGGCGGAGGCGGGCGCGGGCGCGGGCGCGGCGCGCGGGGAGCCGCCGGCCGCGCCGCGCGACGCCGAGUUGCUGCGCCAGGAGGUCUGCCGGCUCAAGAACGACAAGCUGGACCUGCUCAAACAGAACAUUACAUGGCAGAACGAGAUAAAAUGCCUCCGUGAGAGAGAGAUGACACUACAGGCCGAGCUGGCUGCAACCGCUCGAGAAGUCAGGAGACUUCGCGAACAACACGCCGGAACUAUCAUCCCCAACCCCUCCUCACACGACUCCACCGCUUAAAUCACGUCAGCACUAACUUGGUAUCCAAUUAUACUCUUUAUUGCAUUUCAAUAAAGCAUAGCCCAUAGAAAAUCAUGGAAGAUUCAAGUUUUUAUUUGGCGGGGCAAGAUCUGAGAAAGUCUCGAAACAAGAAAAUAAUUUUUAAAACGAUACCCGUGUGACUGAAGAACUAUUGGAUAACAUGUGCUGGGAUUAAAUUGAUUCGAUCUACAUAUUCAUAUAGACAUUUAGUUAAGAUCAGUUAAUGUCCUUUAGUGUAGUUACUCUUUGUUGUACUAUAAUAAUGAGUUGAUUGGCUGAACAAGAUAAAUAAAAGUUUUCUCAAAGUACUUUCAAUGAACUUUCUAUGAUUAGUUCAAAGUAGUUUCAUAUGCAAAUGCUUGUGCAAUAUUUUCUCCGCAAUAAGACGUAAAUUCAUCUUCAUAUUAUUAUAGAAUUAGUCUGUUGCAUUUCGACUAGAUCAUUCACAUAAAACAUAAAAAACAACAUUUAUUAAUUUAGAAAUUAUACUGAGAACUUGCUCGUACACAUAUUAAUUUAUACUCUCCGCCCUAAUGUUUUCUCCAUGCAAAAAUAUUUUGUAUUCGUAUAUUGUCUAGUUGAAGAGUAACUAAUAAGACUAUUUUAUCGACGCCUAUAUUUUUUAUUUACAAUACUAUCCCAGUUCAUACUUCGUAAGUCAAGCUUGACUGACAUUUUGUAACACUUAAGUAUAGAUAACAAAUUUCUAUAUAGCUAAUUAGAGAGAAUAUAAUUCGAAUCUUUUAUAUGUCGUUAUACCAAAACUGAUUUGUAUAUGUCUACUAUGAGCUGAAUGCUUCGUAGAUGUUGUGAUAUCGUAGACAUAACAUUUCUUAAACUUUAUAUUUCAGUAUAUAAGUAUUUAUUGCAAACUUUAGUUAUAUAUAAUCUCAAAAUAUAACUAUAUAACUUGCAAGUAAGGUGAUACUAUCGACAUAAUUCCCCUUGCUUUCCCUCUGUUUUGAGAGACAUUUCGAUAUGGCUCGUAUGUCGUAGUGACAAACAUAGAUAAUGUAUGUGAUAUUGUCAUCUCCUUUGCAGUUUUGUUAUAGAGAAAUAUUAUAAUAUUAGUAACAUUCUGUACGCGCAAAAUAUUAUAUCCGUGAAUUUAACAAAUAUUUUUGUUCUUUCAUAAGUGUAUUGAUCUGUGCACUCAAUAUUGUAUUGAUACCUCAAAACUAAAUCAUUAUUUUAAAAAAGAACUCCAAUAACUAACAAUUAUUCGACUUUUGUAUAGAUUUUUGAUUUUAAUUAUUUUAUCAAAACGAUAUUUGCUUUCAAAUUGAUAGUAAGUAUAGAAAAUUAUCUAAAACUAUUUUAUAGUUUGACGUUAAUUAUAAUGUUUGUUAUGCUUUAGUAAUGAACUCAAAAUGUUCUAUAUAUGUGUAACAAAAAAUGAUAAAUAUUGUAAUCACGGUGUUUGAAAUUGGAACCAUGAAAAUUAGAAUUUAGUAGGAAACGGUACCUAUUAAAUAAGCCUUGAUUAUUUAGAAAGCCUAUACUUAUGUGGUGCAUUAGAAAAUUCUUAUAUUAUACCCUACUACUAUGUUACAUAGUUGAAUUUUUAUGAGAAAAUUACCCAGUACAUUUUACAUUUUAAUUUCUUAGUAUAUAUAGGUUUUGCACAGUGCAAUUAUUUCUUCAAGUCAAUGACCAAUAACGGAUGUUGUUUUUCCUUUUAGUUGGCUGGCAUUGUGACUUGUGAGUUUUGUUUACGAUUUAUGUAAAAGUAAAAAAAUAUAUUUGAAAAAAUAUUUUGUAAUAAGAGCAGAAACUAGAUUUUAAAAAGUUCUUAUCUGAUUAUGAGCUUGCUCAUAAUCAAUAAUAAUUACAUUUGAAUCCGAUGAUAACUUUUUUAUUUUUGUUUAAAAUUCGUAUAUCGUAAAUAAACUCACCGGUUUUAUUGCAGCCUUAUAAUAUUUAAGUUUGCCAGUUUUACUGUAAAUAUAAUUUGACUGGUCUUAGGAUUAUUGAUUAAACAGUAUUUUAUCUUAAUUUAUGCUUGAUUAAGUCUCGUUUGUCGAGUAUCUUUGAGUUUUAAUGUUUUGUUGUUUAUAAUUAAUAUUUUAUACCAAAGUUAACAUUCCCCACUAAAUAGUAUAGUUUAUUAUUAUUUCAAUAAAGAUGAACCAGUAUUUUCAAAGCUGUUCAGGUGGAAAUGUUAAUUUACAGAUUAGUUUGACUGCAAAGUUUAACUAUGAUGUCAAAUUAGUUUACUGGCCAGAAUUAAAUGAUUUUUAAGGGAAAAUAAAUAUCGUCUUACUUAUAUACAUAAUUCGAUCAUGGUUACAGUAAGAGAUUUAAAGAUAUUAAUUCUAUAGGUAAUUAAUGAGCAUAUAAAAGUUUUUUAGCCUUAGCAUUAUAAGUUGCAUAAAGUUAUCUUGAGCAAAUGAAGGCCAAAAAGUGUAAAUGAAUACCUUUUCUAAAAAUGUCAGAUGACUUUAAGCGACUUGAAUAAAAUCUGACACAAGUGAUAGCAAGAAUACACUCGAUAAGAAAAUACAAUAGAAAUCAUUAAAUUCUGGUCAUUAUUCCAAGAUGGAUGGAGGUAGAUGGAGCACUUUAACACCUUAUCUAAGUGUACAUUUAGUUCUUACAUUAAAUGUAUUAAUUUGGAUUUUGUUCGACUGUUGAUAUAAGUUGAUUGGGUGACUGUUGAUUGUCUUCACUUAGACCUAAACCAAAUAUUGCGAGCGCGGAGCGUUAGAGGAAAUAGUUUAAAAUUAUAAGAGAUCCUAUUGAAAUAUAUAAAUAGUUAAUACUAAA